AUGAACAAGGCAGAUAAAGUUGAAGCAUCGGAGGAUAAUGCAGCUGUGCCCUCGGGUGCAUCCCAGCCCACCAAUCUGGUCGAUACCUUCGAAUGCAAGUCGCCAGCUCUGGAGUCGGACCAGGCGUCAUACACUGCGACCUCUGACAAGACCCAGCGGCAAAGCACGCGAUUGAGUACACCGCGGACCUCGCGACAGACGCUCCUUUCACCAGUUACCAGUCCCCACCGGAACCCGGAGAACAACUACUAUCGGGAGCCGGCAUGUCGUAUCUUCCGUCGCGUUUCGGUCCUCGAUGAUUCGCCCUCAUAUUGUCGGGACAGUUCCAAAGGCACGUUAUCGCGGAGUCGCAGGUUCCUAGAUAAAGUGAAGGAACGCAUACAAUUUCCAGCUAUCUCGCUCGACUAUAGACAGGAUUCCCAGAAAUUCGUGCGAAAGCCAAGUGGAAAGAUGUCAUUCUUUCCCUCUCGAGCGCUUCUAUUUUCGGAAGAGCGAAGGGAUUACUCGACGAAGCGGUAUUGA